AUGCUCUCAGUAUUCGGAUGGGGUUACGAUGCCGGCCUCAGUGGCGUAGCCAUUGCAUUUCCUGAGUUCAGAGAAGUCUACGGAAACUACUGUGCCGAUGGCAAGCAAUGGGUCAUCCCUGCAGUUUGGCAAUCGCUUUGGAACGCAGCGUCGACCAUUGGACAGGUCUUCGGAGGCUACGCCGCCGCUGCUGUGGGACUAUCAACUGCCACACCACCCCUCUACGUGACGGAGAAUGCGCCGGCAAAUUUGCAAAGCACCCUCUCACCUUUGACUAACGUUAUCAUCGUCCUCGGCUUCUUCUGCUCCUCGCUUACCGGAUACGGUGCCUCCAAGAUCAAUGGCGUCUGGUCAUUCAAGCUGGCUUUUGUCAUGACAUUCAUGGUACCAGCUCUAUAUCUUAUCGGCCUCCCGUUCUUCCCUGAGUCGCCAGUGAUUGAGUAG